AUGAAGGAUCACUUCCCCCUUCCAUUCAUUGACCAAAUGCUUGAGCCUUUAGCGAAUCACCCCUAUUACUGCUUCCUAGAUGGUUACUCUGGCUUCUUUCAAAUUCCGAUCCACCCGGAUGAUCAGGAGAAAAUGACUUUCACUUGCCCUUACGGCACAUUCGCUGGCACAUUCGCUUACCGACGAAUGCCUUUUGGGUUAUGCAAUGCCCUAGCUACCUUCCAACGUUGCAUGAUGUCGAUCUUCUCUGACUUGAUAGAGGAUAUUAUGGAGGUAUUUAUGGAUGAUUUUUCGGUUUAUGGCUCAUCCUUCUCUUCGUGUUUGUCUAACCUGUGCAAAGUUCUUCAAUGCUGUGUGGACAAACACCUUGUUCUUAAUUGGGAAAAAUGCCAUUUCAUGGUCUCCGAUGGGAUUGUCCUUGGUCAUCAAAUUUCUGAGAAGGGGAUAGAGGUUGAUAAGGCCAAGAUCGAGCUAGACCACUCACCCAACUGUUAUGCAAGGACAUCAAAUGGAGUGGCAGAUCACCUUUUUAGGCUGAGGAUCGAUGCCGAGAUUCCUAUCGAUGACUGGCUCCCUGAGGAGAAUGUCUAUGUAGAUGCAGCAUAUGAGGAAUGUUUCAAGGAUGAGGCCGACGCUAAGGUCCUCCAGCAAAUCAGCGAUGACUCCCCAUGGUAUGCUGACAUCGCAAACUAUUUGUGUGCUGCAGAGGAUCCCCCCAACUUUACUGGUUAUGCGAAGAAGAAGUUUUUGCGGGAUGUGCAGCGCUACUUCUGGAAUGAGCCGUACCUUUACAAGCAUUGUGCCGAUGGCCUUUACAUAAGAUGUGUUCCAGAAUCAGAAGUUUCAGGAAUUCUUUUUCACUAUCAUAGAUCCAACUACGCAGGUUACUUCGCUACGUUUAAAACUGCGACCAAAGUACUUCAAGCAGGCCUCUGGUGGCCCACUCUGUCUCGUGAUGCACAUGAUUUUGUCUCCCGAUGUGAUGCUUGCCAGCGACGUGGGAACAUAAGCAAAAGGAAUGAGAUGCCACAUAAUUUUAUCUUGGACAUCGAAGUGUUUCAUUGUUGGGGGAUCAAUUUCAUGGGACCCUUUCCACCUUCCUAUGGGAAUCUAUACAUACUUGUCGCAAUAGAUUACGUCUCCAAAUGGGUCGAAGCAUUAGCAAGCCCCACCAAUGAUUCAAAGGUGGUAAUAAGCGAUGGUGGGACUCACUUUAUCAACAAACUCUUUGAGAAUCUUCUGAAGAAGCAUGGAGUAACACACAAGACCGCUUAUAAUACACCUAUUGGCACCACACCAUUCAAGUUGGUCUAUGGAAAGUCCUGCCAUCUACCUGUCGAGUUCGAGUACAAUUCACUUUGGGCGACAAAGCAGAUGAAAUUCAACGUCAAGACCGCGGCUGAACGACGCCUGAUUCAGCUAAAUGAGCUUGAUGAGAUCCGCAUGAAUGCAUAUGAGAGCACCAAAAUCUACAAGGAACGCACUAAAGAAAUGCAUGACAAGAAAAUUGUUCCUAAGAAUUUUGCUGCUUAUGACUUGGUUCUACUCUUCAACUCUCGAUUGAAGAUCUUUCCUGGCAAGCUACGUUCUCGCUGGUCUGGACCUUUCCGCAUCAAAGAGGUUAUGCCCUAUGGAGCCAUUGUUCUAUGGAACCAUGAUGGUAAAGAGUUUACUGUCAACGGUCAACGCCUAAAGCCAUAUCUCGCUGAUCAUGAUCCAACUGAGGAAUCUACCAUCCCUCUGAUGGAUCUCCACGCUGCAUGA